AUGUUUAGAUUAAUUUCUACUAAUACCCAGAAUGGGUUAAAAGGUGCAGUAUUAUUGAAAGCUAAACACUCGAAGACUAUCUUUUCCCAAAUCCCCCCUGGAAUGUAUUUGCAACCAUCAUUCCAAAUACCAUGCUCAUUGGUAUCUUACCCGAUAUCACUUCCAACUAUCCAAUUCUUAAGAUUCAAUUCAAUGUAUUCAUCUUCUCAAGAAAGAUCAAAUAGAGCACCACGUAACCGUGACAGAGACUAUCAUCAUGAGACCGAUCGCCAGUUUAAUGAUAAUAGUAGACCUAAUAGACGCCCUAGACACGACACCAGAUCAGGCUAUCAAGGGAAUCGACAGAAACCACGUCGUUAUCCAUGGCUUGAGCCAGAGGACUUCGCAGAUAAAAUGUCAUACAUUAAGAAGAUAAGGGCCCUUCGUGCAACAAAAGAUCGAAGUGCCGAUCAGAUAACUGAACUACAAACACAUAUAGAAAGGCUUCCCAAGUGGGCUAUAGCAUCUGAUUAUGAAGAGUAUCUUAGCUUUUUAAUACAUAUGUCAUACGAUGUUGUAACAAAAUUCGCUACAAUACCAAAUCCAAGUUCCGAAGAUAGAAAUCGAAGAAUGCAAAUUGAAUUGGCAACUAAAGAGGCGAUUUUAAGCUUUUCUGAGAUAAUUAAGCAGGGGAAGAUAGACCACCUACUUUCUGAGAAGCUUGUUACUUAUGCCUUGAAGGGAUUCCAUAGAUAUAGAUUACAUCGAGAAAUAGUCGACAUGUGGGAAAGAGGAAUAGCCGAUGAACUAUUGCAACAUCUAUACAUGAGUCCAUGGAAUUUCGCCAGGGUUAUACCUGCUGCUAGCAUCAUGAAAAGAUUCACUUAUGAAGAGAUAGUCCAGAUUUAUGAAAAGUUAACCGAUGAUACCCCGUUGAUACCAGUGUUAGCUGGACCCAUGGGAGCACUUGCCGUACAAAAUGGUGAUUAUACCAGAGCGAUGGAUAUUUUGGAAAAAUUGUUGGAUUACGAAGGCAGAUCUGACCAGGAUAACAAAGUUGCCUUUCGUGCCCUGGCAGAAAUUCAUAAUGCACUUGUUGGUGAAUGCACCGAUCUCGCAACCGCGACUAGCUUCUUUGAAAAGGCGGUCUAUGAAAGCAAAUCAUUACCUUAUGAUGUUCAGUUAAGGACCCUUAAUAUUAAUCAGUUUUUUAGCCGCUGUCUUGAAGAAGGGGUUCCGUUUGAUGAUAUAAUUACCUAUUAUAAUGAUACCUAUAGGUCAGUAGUAUCCAAAUCAUUGGCUCCUUCUUCGUACGAGGGCUUAAAUUGGCAUUUCUUCAGCUUGUUUUUUAAGAAUUUUCCCGAGCCUACGGAGCAAGCUAGGGAUAAAUUAUGGGGAAUUUUGAAGAAUCAUCCUGAAAUAUCACCUAAGAUUUUACAUAUUGUUAUUUCAAAAUGUGCCUGGGAAAAUUCCAAAUUCUUGCAAGAGUUAUUUGAUUCCCUCGAAUAUUUCGGUUUCAAAAAAGAUCUUUUUCUUUGCAAAUCUAUCCUUCGUGGCCAUAGCAAGAUCCAGUGCUCAAAUGAACAGAUUUUAAAACUAUGGAAUGAAUUGUUAUGUAAAUUGGAUGAAAACAAGGAGAUAUGCAUUCCAAAUACAUAUUGGUUCCUGUUCCGUGAUGCUGCUUUAGCCUCAGAGUACCUGGCAGAAAGAUAUAAGUUAUUUCUUGAAGUUACGAAAACAUAUAAAGAUUAUAUGCUUGACAAUGAAUCGUGCAGAAAGUUUAUGGAAGAUAUGUCUAAAGGGUAUCCUUCGGUAUAUGACGAACUCUGUAGAAUUGCUACUGAAGAAGAUGCGGAUUUUGGUUAUGAUAAUGGAAAGAUCGAGGUCCCUGAAUUCAAAAAUUUGAAGCCCAAUGUUAAUUUCAAGGAAGAAAUUUUAGAUACUUUAGAAGAAUGUCCACCUGGUUCGAUAGUGGAUGAAAACCCAAUCAUUCCUGGUUAUGUGGCCCCUCCAGGAGCUAUUACAUGGUUCGAAGGUAGUGUACAGAAAAUUGCUAAAGAACUAGAUUUCAUCUCGGAAGAACUCGAAGGUCUUUCUAUUACCAUACUCGGCAAUGGAACCCAAAAAUCGUUAGACAAGAUUGCUCAGGAAGUUGAAGCAGUUGUGACUGAAGUAGAGACAAUCUCAAAAGAAAUACGAGCUGCUCUUGGACGCGAAAACACCGGAAGUAAUAAUAGAGACGUAAAUGAUAUCGCACGCGAUGUUGAAAGCAUAUGCGAAGAAGUUGAAGCGAUUUCUUUGGAAAUUGGAGAGAUUAUGAAGAAGUAA